AUGAAGACAUUUGCUACCUUAUUCGCUAUUGCAUCCUCCCUGAUGUUGCCAUCCAUGGCUGACGGUGAUGGUUUUAUUCUUGGGACAUGGUGGAAGAUGGAGAAUACGCCUUCCGAUGGUCUCAGGGACAUUACAUUCCCCAUGUCGAUGCCGAAUGCCACACACGAGAGCGGGUACUACUUCAUGCAAUCAUUCGUUUUUGAAGGCACAGGGGAAGUGGGUUAUACUGGAUUACAGCCAACCGAGGAUGCUGACAACAAGAGCGUUGUGCAUGGUGUAUUCUCAAGCUUUAUCGAUGGUACAACGACCGACGAUGCCAAUUGCCAUGAUGGUGCUGAUGAUGGCCCUGGUGUAAGCUGUGCCGUGGAAAUCAAGGUGCCUUCAUAUGACCACCUGUAUCAUCUCGUCAUUGAAAACACAAAGGACACAACAUGGAAAGGAACCUUGCUCGAUACCGUUACCAACGAAGAAACCCACAUUGGUUCUUUCACUUUACCAUCCAAGGCCAAAGGCAUCACUGACAGCUUCCAAUCCAUUGUGGAAUACUAUCCUUGGAACGACGGUCGCCCAACACUCCCCUGUGACGAAUUACCUUGGACAGAAGCUUACUUUGGUGUCCCUACCACAAAGACAAAAGGUGCUGGUCCAGGUCAUAUUGACCCAUUCAAGGAAAUUAAUGAGCAAUGCAAGAACAAGGUCAAUUUCAAGCAAUCAGAAAAGGAUGGUGGCUAUAUUCCAGAAUGUGGUUUCAGAAAGUAG